AUGAAGACCCGGAGCCUCUUCCUCCUGGUAGCCCUCCUGGCUUUGGGGAGCCAGCUGCCUGCUGUCUCAGGCCGAAAGAAGGGAGAGAAAUCGGGAGGCUGCCCACCAGACGAUGGGCCCUGCCUCCUCUCUGUGCCUGACCAGUGCGUGGAUGACAGCCAGUGUCCCGCCCGUAGGAAGUGCUGCUACCGUGCUUGCUUCCGCCAGUGCCUCCCCAGGGUCUCAGUGAAGCAGGGCAUCUGUCCCCAGAACCGCCUGCAGUGCCUGAGCCCCACACAGCACCUUUGUCACACGGACUCGGACUGCUCCGGCUCAAAGCGCUGUUGCCCUGGGCCUUGCGGCCGGGACUGCAGAGACACCCCCACAAAGGUGCACAAGUCCUGGCCGGAUGCCCUUGAGCCAGUGACUGAGCCUGACCGAGGGCCGGCAGCGAUCGAUGCGGCCUCAGCCGCGGGGGACAGAGGGAGCCGGGAAGGGGGGGGGGGGGGGGCCGCCGGCAGCAGCACGGCUAGGCGGCCCGGGGCAGAGGAGCCCGGGGCGCGGCCGGCGGCUCCUGGCCUGAGCACCUUGAAGAACCGACACGCCAGGCGGCCAGAGGGGCUGCGACAGUCUGCCAAAUUUGCAUCUCUACCAAAUUCCCAGCUGCUACUGCUGCUGCUGGUCCAGGUAACACCUGUGGAGACUGUUUGA